CUGCUCUGGAAAUUGAAUUUUAAAACAACGACUCGCUGUACAUGCCGCGCCUUUCGUAUCCAAAACUCGCCAACAUGGUCAAACGUGGUGCACUCAUUGUGCUUGAAGGCUGUGACCGAUCCGGGAAAUCAACACAGUGCUCCAAUCUCGUCAACUACCUGACUGCAUGCAACAUUGACUCGAAGCUUCUAAAAUUUCCAGAUAGAACAACCAGCACAGGACAAAUGAUCAACUCAUACUUGACCAAUGCAACCGAACUAAACGACCAAGCAGUCCACUUAUUGUUCUCUGCUAAUCGCUGGGAAGCCAUGGAUAAUAUGCGCUCAAUGCUUCUCUCUGGUACCACGCUGGUCGUGGAUCGAUACGUAUAUUCAGGCGUGGCAUUUACUGCGGCAAAGGGCCUGGAUAUGAAUUGGUGCAAGCAGCCCGAUGUCGGCUUGCUCACACCUGAUCUGGUGCUGUUUCUGGAUUUACCCAUUGAAGCUGCUGAGCAACGCGGUGGAUUCGGAGAGGAGCGAUAUGAGAAACGCGAAAUGCAAAUCAAUGUACGAGAGUUGUUUUUGCAACUUCAGGACUCUUUGUGGCAGUUGAUUGACGCCAACAGAACCAUGCAAGAAAUUGAAAUGGAUAUUCGACAACGUGUUCUAUCGACUCUUGACACCAUCCAUGACAAGCCUUUAAAGCAAGAUUUGUGGACAAAUAAAUAGAUGGGACUAUAUAAUGCUACUGUAGGUUGAUUUAUAGAAGGAAAUAAAAUAAAGAGAAGAGAGA